AUGGUGAUUGGCGAACCGGCCGAGCUACCGUUGACUCCGCCGGGACGGACGACCGAGCGUCCCCGCGGGAGUAGUUGUGAGGGGGACAACGACGCACCGAGUUGCCGGAGGAGGCCCACUCACCUCAGGCUGUCAAAGUCUGAGGGAACCAACAAGUCGCCGUCCAAUCAGUUGACCAAAACAAACUUGCAGUUUCACAAACUGUUCAAGGAAGUGAGCAGAGAAGAGGCACUCGCACAAAGUUAUACAUGCGCCCUGCAAAGAGACAUUUUGUAUCAAGGAAAAAUGUUUGUCUCUCCAAACUGGAUCUGCUUCCACUCCAAAGUCUUUGGCAGGGAUACCAAGAUCGCCAUCCGGGCCGCGUCCGUAACGUUCAUCAAGAAGACCAAAACGGCGCUGCUUCUACCAAACGCGCUGGUGAUUGAAAGCUCACGGGAGCAGCAUGUCUUUGUGUCCUUCCUGUCCCGGAACACCACUUACAAGUUCUUGAGGUCCAUCUGCAUCCAUCUAGAGGUGGAAAAGACGAUCAGCAGCCACGCGGCUUCCUGUGAGAACAACUUCGGAGAGGAGCGCCUCCCUCUGGUCCGGAAUGUUUGCUUGCCCUUUGUAUAUGUUCCUGUGUACGCUCGGCAGGACUUUGCCCGGAGCUUCUCUGACUUGGAUGGCGUGGCGCGACGAGAAACGGAGGUGGAGAGUAGUAGCAGCUCCGGAUCGCAAACUCCGGAUUGUGACAAAAUGCUCUCUCUCUGUGCCUUUGGUCAAGCGUUCCUGAGCAGAGAGGUGUCGGUACUCGCCGAAGUCCACCUCCGACCGGGCCAAAAGAGCCGAGCCAAAAACGGAGCAUCCGACUCUAUUGUGGCGGCCACAAACGCGGACAAAGCCUGGCCUCGAGCGACCUCACUCCCCGUCCUGUUGAUCUACUUGGUUUUAUGUUUGCGUUUCCACCCUGAAACUAGAGUCGGCAUCCUGGCGCUGUCCUCCUGUUACAUGGCUUUCAAGAUGGCCGCCUUAGAACACCGCCUGAACGCCGUACUGCGUGCGCACGGCGGGUACAAGGACCACGAAGAAUUGUUUUAG